GUCAAAGGCGUCGGUGUGUGAUUCGCUGAUUUCACUGUCUAAAAAAUUUAAAAGUCGAUGGUUGAUUGCCAGUGUAAACAGCUGCUCCGCCGCUACCGAAACAUAAACGUUGGCGGAUCUUUUUUAAAUCAAGGAAAGUUGCGAUGUUAGUAGGAGAGGAUGGAGCCCAGCUGCAGUGCUGUGUGACGGUGGAGCGGCUGAACAGCUGCGGGCAGGCCACCCGGAGACAGCUCAUCCGCAAAGCCUCCGUUGCUCUGGGCCGCAACGAGUUCCAAGAGAUCGUCCUCCGUGUGCACGACGGAAAAAUAGCACACAGUUACCUUCUGAAAGAGUUUAGGCUCUUCACCAAGUUCACCAGCGAUGGGAAAUGCACUGUGAAGCUGCUUCCUGAAAGCAUUCAGGUACUCUUCUCCAACUGUCCUCCUGACCGGCUGAAGCUUUUCCUGAAAACCCUCAGCAUCAAGCACCAGGCCUGGCAGAUCGGUAAGCCUCUGACCGACCGAGAGAAGCUGAAGGCCGGCCUGCCCCGCAGCUUCGAGGCCAUCAGCCCUCUGCAGCAGAAAGACAUCCAGAAGGUGAAUGAGCUGCGAAACAGAACUGCUCCAGCCGGGCUGACAGACCGCACCAACAGGGGGAAUGCUGCGGGUACAGGCCAGCAGGUCAAACGGCCCCGCAGUGAUGCCAGCUGCAGCCCGGUGAAGGGCAAUCCAAGUAAGAGAGCCAUUUUAUCUCUCCCUGCACGGAAGCUCAGCAAAGAGCAGGCUGCUGUUCUCAGUGCAGUGCUAAGUGGCAAGAAUGUCUUCUUCACUGGAAGUGCUGGUACAGGAAAGUCCUUUUUGCUGAAGAGAAUCAUUGGAUCUCUCCCUCCAAAAAGCACAUUUGCAACAGCCAGCACAGGAGUGGCUGCAUGUCACAUUGGAGGAACAACACUGCACAGCUUUGCAGGUAUUGGCUCCGGCUCCGCCGCCCUUGAGCAAUGUAUCGAGCUAGCUCAGCGGCCCGGUGUGCUGCAACACUGGACCAGCUGUCGACACCUCAUCGUUGAUGAGGUCUCCAUGGUGGAUGCCCAGUUCUUUGACAAGCUCGAGUCCGUAGCCAGGUCGGUGAGGAGGUCCACGCAGCCGUUUGGAGGCAUCCAGCUAAUUCUAUGUGGGGACUUCCUUCAACUGCCUCCAGUUUCUAAAAGAAAAGAAAAGGCCAGCUUCUGCUUCCAGGCCAGGAGUUGGCGGAAGGUGAUCCAGGUCAACAUGGAGUUAACAGAAGUGAGGAGGCAAACAGACCAGAACUUCAUCUCCCUCCUGCAGGCAGUGAGGGUGGGCAGGGUGACAGAGGAAGUCACAGCCAAGUUGAUGAAAAGCGCUUAUCAUCAGAUAGAGCGAGAUGGGAUUCUUGCCACCAGGCUGUGUACACACAAGGAUGACGUGGAGCUCACGAAUGAGAGCAAACUCCAGCAGCUGCCAGGGUCUUUGCGAGUGUUUGAGGCACUGGAUAGUGACCCGGAGCUGGGGAGGACCAUGGAUGCUCACAGUCCAGUCAGCAGACUGAUCCAGCUGAAAGUGGGAGCUCAGGUCAUGCUGACCAAAAACCUGGAUGUUGCUCGAGGUCUGGUGAACGGAGCUCGGGGAGUCGUGGUCGCGUUUGACUCAGGAAAACAUGGAUUUCCAUGUGUGCGCUUCCUGUGUGGGGUCACAGAGGUGCUGAAGCUGGAGCGCUGGGUGUUUAAAUCUGCUGGAGGGAUCUAUUUAAGCCGACGGCAGCUGCCAUUAAAACUGGCCUGGGCCAUCUCCAUCCACAAGAGCCAGGGAAUGACUCUGGACUGUGUUGAGAUCUCUCUGGCUCGGGUGUUUGAGAGCGGCCAGGCCUAUGUGGCCCUGUCUCGAGCCCGGAGCUUAGAGGGUCUUAGGGUCAUGGACUUUGACCCCCAUGUUGUCCGGGCAGAUCCAGAUGUUCUCCUCUUCUAUAAGAAGCUGAGGAAAGCGAGGUUGCUCAUGCAGGCUUCAAUGGAUGAUUUUAUCUCCAAAGAAAAUGCUUGAUGAGGAACAUCUCCAUCUCCUGAACCAGUAUGCACUGUGUGCAUGACUUAUUAUUUUAAUAUGUGAAUGUUUCCUGAAACCUCAACCAAGCUCAGUUUUAGUUUGACUGCCAUCUGCUGUUGAUUACUGCAACUUUUUUUUUUUUUU